GCGCGCGUCACACGUUGUGGGCGCGGGAGCGCGCGCGGAGGGAGGAGGGUCGCUCACAUCGGGCGGGCUGCGCGCUUGUUGUGGUUCCCUCUCGGAGGCGGAAAAAUAAUUUUACAUUUAAUUGAAAAGAGAGAGAGAGAGGGGAGGGAGUUUAAAAAAAACAAGUGGAAAGUAAUCCCGAGUGUGUUUUAUUUUGUCGGGGGGGAGGGAAUCAGCCGUCUACUCUCCCUCACUCACCACCCCCCUCAGCCUCCUCGCUCUGCUGUUUGUAAUUUGUUUUUAAUUUAUUUGCCGGAUCCUGAGAGCGUGUCCCCGGCCGGGGCCAGCUCGCCCGGGGGCUCCCGAGCAAAUGGCGAGUCCGCCCGAGCCCAACUCGCCCGGCGCCGACGGCUUCUCGGACGUGAGGAAAGUAGGCUACUUGAGGAAGCCGAAGAGCAUGCACAAGAGGUUCUUCGUGCUGCGGGCGCCCAGCGACCUGGGCCCGGCGCGGCUGGACUACUACGAGAACGAGAAGAAAUGGAGGCACAAGGCGGGCGCGCCGAAGCGCUCGGUGCACCUGGACAGCUGCUUCAACAUCAACAAGAGGGCCGACUCGAAGAACAAGUACCUGGUGGCCCUCUACACCAAGGACGAGUACUUGGCCAUGGCCGCCGACUGCGAGAGCGAGCAGGACAGCUGGUACCAAGCGCUGCUGGAGCUGCACAACAAGGGCAAGCUUGCCGGCGAGGAGCGGGAGGCUGCGGCGGGCUCGGCCGCCCACCCCGGCGGCCCGGCGGCGCUGGAGGACAACUACGGCGAGGUGAGCCCCGGGCCGGCCUUCAAGGAGGUGUGGCAGGUGGUGCUGAAGCCCAAGGGUCUGGGGCAUACCAAGAACCUGGUGGGCAUCUACCGGCUGUGCCUGACCAGCAAGACCAUCAGCCUGGUGAAGCUGAACUCGGAGGCGGCGGCCGUGGUGCUGCAGCUGAUGAACAUCCGCCGCUGCGGGCACUCGGAGAACUUCUUCUUCAUCGAGGUGGGCAGGUCGGCGGUGACGGGACCCGGCGAGUUCUGGAUGCAGGUGGACGACUCGGUGGUAGCCCAGAACAUGCAUGAAACCAUCCUCGAAGCCAUGAAGGCCAUGAGCGAGGAGUUCCGGCCGCGCAGCAAGAGCCAGUCGUCGUCCAGCUCCAACCCCAUCUCGGUGCCCCUCCGGCGGCACCUCAACAACCCGCCGCCCAGCCAGGUGGGCUUGAGCCGCCGGUCGCGCACCGAGAGCAUCACGGCCACCUCGCCCGCCGCCGGCGGCAAGCAUCACUCGUUCCGGGUGCGAGCCUCCAGCGACGGCGAGGGCACCAUGUCGAGACCGGCCUCGGUGGACGGCAGCCCGGUCAGCCCCAGUGCUGCCCGGACACACUCCCAGCGCCACCGGGGCGGCUGCAGGCUACACCCCCCUCUCAAUCACAGCAGGUCCAUCCCCAUGCCGUCGACCCACUACUCGCCGUCGGCCACCAGCCCGGUCAGCUUAUCGUCAAGCAGCACCAGUGGCCACGGGUCCACUUCCGACAGCCUUUUCCCCAGGCGAUCCAGCGCUUCCAUCUCUGGGUCACCGAGCGAUGGGGGAUUUAUCUCAUCGGAUGAGUACGGAUCCAGCCCGUGUGAUUUCAGGAACUCCUACAGAAGCGUCACGCCGGAUUCUUUGGGACACACUCCUCCUGCAAGGGAGGAACAGGAGUUAAAUAAUUACAUCUACAUGGGGAAGCAUUCGAAUCUGCUUCCAAAUUGUCAGAACAGGGGUACUCAAAGGUGGACUCCCACUAAAUCAGAGGAUGCAGAUUCCGAUAAAGGAUUUAGGAAGAGGGCUCAUUCAUCAGGCACGUCGCCACCCACCGUGAUGCACCAAAAGACCUCUUCUCAAUCUUCCACCGCUUCGUUUGAGGAAUACACGGAGAUGACACCGUGUUACCCUGGGGGUCAUUUAUCCACAUGUAAAAACUCUGCUUUUGUACCUACUCAUUCGUACCCUGAGGAAUGUUUAGAGCUCCAACUGGGUGAAGGCAGGCGUUUCAGUCAGAUGGAUGAUGGAUAUAUGCCAAUGUCACCAGGAGUAGCCCCUGUGCCCAAUAAAAAUGACUACAUGCCAAUGAGUCCCAAAAGUGUUUCUGCUCCACAGCAGAUUAUUAAUCCACGCCAACACUCUCGAAAAGAUGGUUAUAUGAUGAUGUCACCCAGUGGUAGCUGCUCACCAGAAAACGUGAACUAUGGAAAAAUAUGGACCAAUGGAGGGAACUCUAAGUUGUCUGUUGAAAGUAAUGAGGGAAAAUUAUCAGUUAGUGACUAUAUAAAUAUGUCUCCUGCAAGUUGUUCAACCACAAGCACACCACCAGACUGCUUCUUCAAUCCAGUUGAAGAACCUCAUAAACCAGUUUGUUCAUAUUUCUCACUGCCUCGUUCCUUCAAACAUGUGCAUCGAAAAAGUGAGGAGUCCCCUUUACGAAUUGCUGUAAAUUCAGGUCGUCUUUUAUACGCUGAGGAUUCUUCAUCAUCUACAAGCAGUGAUAGUUUAGGGGGACAAGAUGGUGGGCAUCAUGUGGUUAAUCCUGUUAAAAAUGAGUUGUAUGUACCAAUGAAAGGUAAACUUGUACGACCCACUAGGCUAUCACUUGAUAACACUAAAGCAAGUACACUGCCCAGAACACGAGAGCAUCCACUUCCACCAGAGCCAAAAAGCCCAGGGGAGUAUGUAAAUAUCGAAUUCAGUGACAAAACCUAUUCUUCUAGUUCAUUGUCUCUUGUUGAGCCCUCUUCAGGUGUAGGGAAUCUCAUUCAACAAAGGCCAUCAAUGUCAGAAUACAUGAAUAUGAAUUUAAGAACUGAUGCACCCAAGUUUUCUUACGUAUCAAAAUCAUCAGUGGACAUCAGGUCUGCAGCCAGCUGUGCUUCCAGCACUUGCAGAAAGGAUAGAGCACAGGGAAGCUGUGAUUAUGUUACCAUGCAGCUAGUUGCUACCUGCUCAGACUUAGUGGAACCGCCAGUGAGUAACUAUACUGAGAUGACAGUUGGUGGAGGUGUAACGCCUUCUACUUCCGUUCUACCUCGGGCAGAAGAGAGCUCAUUGAACACUGUUUCUGACGUAGUACCUGGUCCUCUGAUGGACCAGAUUUCAGGGAGGAGUGCCUUUACUGUGCUUAAUCUUGCCCCUAAUCGGAACCAAGGUGCCAAAGUCAUCCGUGUUGAUCCCCAAGGUAGAAGAAGACAUAGUUCAGAGACUUUCACUUCCACAGCCAGUGUAGCUGGCAUGACACUGUCUUACGUUGACCACAUUAAGCGACAUAGUUCAGUGUCUUUUGAGAAUGUGUGGCUUAACAAACCAGGAGAUUCUCUGGCUUCAAGUUCCAAAGAUCAGUCAGAUGAUGUAACAGUGCAGAAUGAUUGUAAAAAUGGUAUGAACUACAUCGAUUUAGACUUGGUAAAUGAUUUUAACAAAGAAUGGUCCUCCUCUCAACGUGUAACCCCUCAUCAACUUCAAGGAAGUACCUCUCGUGGUGGUGGUAAUAAUGAUGAUGAUCUGAAUUCGUAUGCAAGCAUCACCUUCCAGAAGCCAGAUGAAAUAAGCAAGCCUGCAGAAAGGGAAGAAUGACAUCUCCCUAGCCUUCGGCAAGCCUUACAUGGACUUAAUGACGCCCCAGGCUUCGAAUAAUUUGUACAGUACAACUAGGACCUCACUCUUUCACAUAAGUUAUGGUACGACACAUCAAGAUCACUCCAGUUUGCUGCAAGAAACCUCAGGACAUAGUUUUCUGACUGGAUUGCAUGUUCGUCAUUGUGUGUGUCCUUGCGCAUAUGUGUAUCUGUGGGGUGCACAGUGUGUGUUAUGGCACAUGCACAACAGCGAAUCUGCCUCAGUUUCCUCAGUACAUUCUACUUCAACAAUCUCAGUAAACAAAUGGAAAAACUGUCAGCAAUGCAACUCAAAUGCCUAACCUGGACUGUAACAUACAUGCAUUAACCUUGACUUUCACGUGCUGCUGAAAAACAUUAAGGUUUUCACUGUAAAUUAUUAAGUAUAGAGAAGUAUUGAUUUUUAAAAAGUUGCUAAUGUUUGGAAAAUACAGAAUAAUAUUUAACAUUUUUGCUUCCUUUAUAUUGAUACUUUUUUGAACUGAAAGUGUAACUUUUUUUCCUGAUGCACAUCCAUUGUUGAUGUGUCUGGAGGUAAAUUACAGUUCUAAAUAUAAACAGAAAUUUUCUUUAAAACUUGUGAAUAUACGUAGUGAGAAUGGAUUAUGUUUCUAUUCUUGGAUAAAAGCUGUUUAUACAUAGCAUAAUCCUGAAGUACAGGCUUUGGUGUACAGUCCCUUUCACUGAUAUGGUACCAGUAAUGCAAUCCAUCUGCAUAGAAAUAAUUUCACAAUUUUGUACUCGGCCUUCCUAUGUGAGAUAUAUUACAGACGGGAUGUGAACAUCACUGUACAUGGUACUGAACUUCGAUGGAAUUCAAAACCUUACUCAAAAACAAUCACAUUUAGUCUUCCUUUUCUUUCUGUAUAUAUUAUGUACCUGGGCAAUGUAUACAUCCAUGAGCUGCCCUGGGAUGGGCAGUGUUGUGUUUGUAAUUUCUGGAGACUGACUCCCCUCCCCCAACUCCCUGUAAGUAAUAAAUUAGAAAAUGAUUACAU